GGAGCCUUUUUUCCUUUAUAAAAACAGAACCAAACCAGUUGGGAUUAUUUUCCACAUCUUCAACUUGUCUUUGUUUUGUUUUAACUUUGGAUCUUCACCUUUCAUUCCUUUGCUCUUUUUCCUUUCUCUUUUGAGUUUUCAACACCAUGGGAACUCAACAACCUCCUCCUUCUGAUUACAAUGGUGAUAACAUGUACAACAACAACAACACUUCGGUUGAAAAAUCAGCAAAGCAAAAAGCGAUUGAUGAUUGGUUACCAAUUAACUCAUCAAGAAGUAGAAAAUGGUGGUUUUCAGCUUUCCACAAUGUUACUGCCAUGGUUGGGGCUGGUGUACUUAGUCUUCCCUAUGCCUUGUCUGAACUCGGAUGGGGACCUGGUGUGUUUAUUCUAGUGUUUUCAUGGAUCAUUACCUUGUAUACACUGUGGCAAAUGGUUGAAAUGCACGAGAUAGUUCCGGGAAAACGUUUCGAUCGAUAUCAUGAACUAGGACAGUAUGCAUUCGGCGAAAAACUCGGUCUUUAUAUCGUUGUGCCACAACAGCUCAUUGUGGAAGUUAGUCUCUGUAUCGUUUAUAUGGUUACCGGUGGACAAUCGUUGAAGAAGUUCCAUGAUACUGUCUGUAGUAGCUGCAAAUCGAUAAAAUUAACUUAUUUCAUCAUGAUUUUUGCCUCUGUUGAAUUUGUUCUGUCUCACCUUCCAAAUUUCGACUCGAUUUCGGGUGUCUCGUUGGCGGCUGCAGUCAUGUCUGUAAGUUAUUCAACUAUUGCAUGGAGUGCUUCAUUAGCAAAGGGUGUUCAAGAAGACGUGCAAUACGGAUACAAAGCGACAACUACACCUGGAACCGUGUUUGGCUUCCUUAGCGGUUUAGGUGAUGUAGCAUUUGCUUAUUCUGGUCACAAUGUGGUUUUGGAGAUUCAAGCUACAAUCCAAUCUACACCCGAGAGACCAUCGAAAGGACCGAUGUGGAAAGGUGUUGUUGUCGCGUAUAUAAUCAUUGCCUUGUGUUAUUUCCCGGUCGCUUUAAUCGGAUAUUGGAUGUUUGGCAAUUCUGUAAAAGACAACAUCCUCAUUUCAUUAGAGAAACCAGCAUGGCUCAUUGCAAUGGCUAACAUGUUUGUCGUUGUUCAUGUUAUCGGAAGCUACCAGGUCUACGCAAUGCCGGUUUUCGACAUGAUGGAAACCCUACUAGUAAAGAAACUAGAUUUCAACCCUACUCGAACACUUCGAUUCAUCGUUCGUAAUACAUAUGUUGCAUUCACUAUGUUCAUCGGUAUUACAUUUCCUUUCUUCGGCGGUCUUCUUGGGUUUUUCGGUGGAGUCGCGUAUGCACCAACAACAUACUAUCUCCCCUGUGUCAUAUGGCUUAUUGUGAUGAAACCAAGAAGGUAUAGCUUAUCUUGGUGGAUUAAUUGGUUCUGCAUUGUGAUUGGUGUUUUAUUAAUGGUCUUAGCACCAAUUGGAGGGAUGAGGCAAAUCAUAAUUCAAGCCAAAGACUACAAAUUUUACUCUUAAAUUGCUCAUUUCACCACAAUGAAUUGAUAGGGAUUUUAUAGUAUGUUUUAAUGAGCCUGUAAAGAAAAGGGAUAUUUUUAUGUCAUAAAUGAUGUAUUUGAGUAAUGAUAUUUAAGUUUAAUUACUUGUUUGAAAA